AUGGUGGAUGUCGGUGUGAAUGAGUGUGAUAACACAGUUAAUGGGAGGAACCAAUUUGUUUACUUCGUGUUCGUGCAUCUCCUACUAAUUGGACUGAACGGAACCAAUGCGCAAAAUCGAGCGCCCCGGAUCAAAGAGCAUCCGUCGAACACGGUGUCGGGCCGCAGUGAGCCGGCCACGCUGAGAUGCGUGGUCGAAGGUCGGCCGAAGCCAGCCGUGCAGUGGUUCAAGGACGGCGCGCCGCUGCCCUCAGCUGACGAUGGCCACAGAGUACUUUUGGAGGACGGACUGCUGUUUUUAAGGGUAAAUCGGGGUAAGAAAGAUAGCGAUGAAGGCAUUUACUGGUGCGUAGCUAAGAAUAUUGCCGGAGAAGCAGUAAGUCACAACGCAUCUCUUAAUGUCGCUGUUCUACGCGAUGAGUUCAAAGCCGAACCAAGAGAUGUGCAUGUGGCGGCGGGUGAACCCGCCAUUCUAGAAUGUUCUCCACCACGUGGCAUUCCAGAACCUUCCGUGCAUUGGCUUAAAGACGGACAAAUGUACGACGUUGAAGUGAACGGAAGAGUGACGGUAACGGAGACUGGUAGUUUGAGGAUUUUGGAAACCUUGCCUACUGACAGUGGACUGUUCAGGUGUGUGGCAUCUAACGUCGCUGGUGAGAGACAAUCUAGAGCCGCGGCCUUGAUCGUAUUGAGACGACCGCACUUUGUUGUUAAGCCCAGCAACGUUACAGCUUUAGUAGGUCAGGAUGUUGAAUUCAAUUGUCAGAGCUACGACACUUCAGUGUCCAUUACAUGGGUCAAGGAGGACGGUGUACUGCCAAACCACGCGACAAUAAUACGCGGCCUAUUGCGGCUAGAGCGCGUGUCCGCGACAGAUGCGGGUGUUUACUCCUGCCGGGCCGACAGCGUUGCCGGAUCGAGUGUGGCGAGCGCCUCCCUCACCGUGUACUCGUUGCCGCACUUCACUCAGAUACCGUCCAAUUUGACCACAUGGGAGGGCGAUGUGGUGUCCAUUCCUUGCGAGGCCAAAGGCCUGCCGACACCCACCACGUUUUGGAUCCUGGAAGGCGUCGAGGACGUCCUUCUGUUUCCAGAAUGCACGAAGAGCAACUCGAGCUUGUUGUAUUUGGACGGCGCGAGAGCCGAACACGGCGGAAGGGUUAUAUGUGUCGCUGUGAACGCCGCCGGCAGCGUAAUGCAGGAGGCCUACUUGAACGUGCUGAAGAAAGUAAACGCUUACAACCAACGCACGAGACAAGAAUCGAGCGACAGCUACGAAUACGAGGCACAAAUGACCGAGUACGAACUUGUGCAGGCGCGCAAGUAUUUGAAACAAAACGUUCUCAAACUGCGGAGGGUGGAAACUUUGUCGUCGACCUCGCUCAAAGUUGUCUGGGAUGUUUUGACGGAUUACAACGAAUACUUGGAGGGCGUGAAGAUAUGGUACAACGGAACAUCGCUGAACUGGCGUAAUUCCUGCUCGGAAGAUGUUACGAUCAGCUCGCCGCGGACGGAGGUGCUUUGUUCGAACGGGUCGCUGACUAACGUCGGUAACAGCGGCUCGUCGAGCUACAUACUCUCCGGACUGGCGGCGUACACCCAAUACGACGUGUUCCUGAUGCCGUUCUACAAAACGCUGUUGGGGAAACCGUCCAACUCUAUGUCGGGGUACACCGAUGAAGACGUGCCAUCAAUUCCGCCCCAAAGCGUGACUGCGAGUGUAAUUAACGCGACCUCGGCCAGGAUACGAUGGGAACCGCCACCUGCUAACACUUGGAACGGCGAGCUCACCGGUUAUUUGAUCGAGAUCCGCGUGGGCGGGAACAGCGGCGGCCGAGUGGUUGGCCAGAUGUCCCUCGGCGCGCGAACCCGGGCGGCGACGGCUAGCUCGCUGCGCGCCGGCGGGAAGUACAGCGCGCGCGCUGCGGCCGUCACGCGCAAGGGACACGGGCCCUUCAGCGCGCCGGCGCAAAUCCAUAUGCUGCCUACGCAAUCGCAGAGGCAUUACGUGCAGACGGAGCCGCCGAAGGACACGGGCAUCCCCCAUUUAUUACAAGAGACGUGGCUGCUGGCUCUUUGUUUGACCUUAUUCUCGAUCAUCAUAAUAGGACUGUUUACUGUGUACUACGUGAAACGGCGUAACACCGUCCAAAGGAAGAAAUCAACUGGUCAGUCGAUUGUCACCGCCCAGCAGUGCCUGUUGAAUAAAGACACAAUUUGGCUCCGCGAGAGGCCGGUGUUCGCGCCUCCAAGCGAGAGCGCCCUCGACAUGGGCAACUGUCACCAGAGCCUCCUACAAGGAGGUCAAUCGACGAGCAUUCUCAACGUGGAGCCCGAGUAUUGCCUGCCGCAAAACUCCAUCCAGGGCCUGGACGCGUCCAGCGUGGACCGGAUAAAGCGCGGCCCGCCGGAGCCGUACGCGUCGAGCGCUAUUUACACAGAACUCAAUUUCAAGGACAAUGGCGACACCGGAGAGCUGAGAACGUGCGCAGAGAGGCGCUCCCACAACAACAGCAUAGUGAGGUCGUGCAACGGCAGCGUGCAGUACUCGAAUGGGGAGUGCUCGACGUGUUGCCACAGCACCUCCAGCAGGUCGACGAAGGACUACAGGGAGGUCAGGCACGAGCUGGCCCACGAGAUCAGCGCGAUAGAGGACGACUGCGCCUCUUGCCACACGAACCGCUCCGGUUCGAGGAGCAGACAGGACAAGAGCAAGGUGUGCCCAGCCAGCGAGCUGGAGUACGACUACCCGCAGUGGCACUGGCUCGGCAGGGAGAACAGCUUCAAAAUCCCCAUCCAGGCGAGGCACUCGAGUGUAGCGAAGAGCGAGCAGGGCUGUCAAAUUAAUCUGAGCGAUAUACUGCCCCCGCCGCCGUAUGAGAGUCCCGAGGGGAAAAAG